UGUUCUAUCACUACUACCAUGAAUAUCUGGAAAGAAAUCGGAUUUCUUCACUCAAGGAAUAUUGCACUGUCAAGGAUUGAACGAUCGAUCAACUCGACUAGAUUGAUGGUAGUAAGAUGAAAUGAAAUUUGAUAAGGGGUGGUCUACUACUGAAGCCAAUGAUAGAACAUCCUAUACAUCAGUGGGACGGGACAGGACGGGACGAGACGAGACGAGACAAGACAAAACGAGACGGGUCGGGACGAGAUGUGACGAGACAAGUCGGGACGAGACAGGACGGGACGGAUGGAUGAGACGGGAGAAAAGUAAUCGAGGAGGAAUGGUGCCGCUAAAGCAUUAA